GGCCAUAGCGGAUAUUUUUAGUUUUUGGGUCGUUUGACGUCGAUACAAGUCCGUAAAGUUUCCUCCAUUACCCUUAUUUAAGUCGCUGUUGCAUCCGCUUUCUUCUCGGCCUUUCGUGCGCCGGGUGUCCUGAUGAGAAAUGAUAACCCUACCAAGAGGCAGAACACUGCGCCUGCUAAUUGGCACAAUUCUCGUCGCCAUAACUCUUGUAUGCCUGUCCAAUUCCCUGUCCGCCCAAGACUCCGAAUACGGCUUCCCCAACGGCAUAGCCGAGAAAGCCUAUCUUAACCGGAUACUCCAUCAGCCGGGCUCACCCUACACCCGAGCGGAUGUGGCUUUCGCUCAAAGGGCUGGGAUAACAUUGGUCGCAGUGGAUAGCGUCGCAAACAACUCAGACACUCUUGGGAAACCGCGCGUACGUGGCGUUAUAGUGAUGCUCGCCCGGAAUGAUGACUUGUAUGGUGCCAAGAACGCUAUUGGGCAGCUCGAGAAGAGAUUCAACCACAAGUACCAUUAUCCGUAUGUAUAUUUAAACGAUGAGCCCUUCUCUGAAGACUUCAAAACUACGAUGAGAGGGAUAUCACCAGAGUCGGAUGUUCAGUUUGGCCUUGUUCCUAAAGAACACUGGUCAUAUCCGGAUUGGAUAAAUCAGACAGUCGCAGCAAACGCUCGGUCAGAGAUGGCUGCGAAAGAUGUGAUCUAUGGGGGGAGCGAAUCGUAUCGUCACAUGUGCCGCUUUAACUCGGGAUUUUUCUUCCGCCAUCCUUUACUUGACCAAUAUGAUUACUACUGGCGCGUCGAGCCAUCAGUGGAGUUUCUUUGCGACAUUCCUGACGAUCCGUUCCGGUAUAUGCAAGAAAACAAUAAGCUGUACGGAUUUACUGUUUCGCUCUACGAGUUCCCGGAAACGAUACCUACUCUAUGGAAAACAGUUCGUCAGUUCAUGAAUGAGCAUCCUAGCUUCGUACGAAAGGACAAUUCCAUGCGCUGGCUUGGAAAUAAGCCUGACGAGUAUAAUCUCUGUCACUUUUGGUCGAAUUUUGAGAUUGCCAGCCUUCACCUAUGGCGAUCCCGGGCGUACUUGGAGUUUUUCAAUUACUUAGAUAAAGCGGGUGGCUUUUUUUACGAGAGGUGGGGGGAUGCUCCAGUUCACUCGAUCGCUGUCAGCAUGCUUUUAAAGCCCGCACAGAUACACUUCUUCAACGAAAUCGGCUACUACCACAAUCCUAUUAUGCACUGCCCUGUGGAUCAACCUGCCAUGGCAGGUCGAUGUCAGUGUGAUGGUUCCGAAACAUUUGACUUGCAACAUUACUCUUGUACAGGUCGUUGGUUUGACCUAUUUGGGGGAGGAGAAGCGUCGAGGCGCGCCUUCAAACUCCAGCAAGAGCGCAAGCGUGCUGAAAGGUCUAAGCAGUCAUAGUAUUAGUAUUAAGCAUAUAGACUUCUGUAUAUAUAAUGCUAGAUUUGUUUUAUUGUUGUUUAAUAUGCAUUUGACGUUUGAGAGGAACGCUAGCCUCGACAUCUGGUA